UGUCAUGCUGUACACAAACACCGGCUGGCGGCAACGUUUAUUUUUAUUUCAGUUUAAUUUUUAAUUUCCUCAAUAAACUGAAUCAAAGUGCCCAAGUUAUAUACUAUAUGCUAUUUUCAACAGUGGUAAUCAACAUAAGUUACAAUGGAUGUCGCUGAUACAUAUGCUACGCAAAGCCAAGUUAAAGAUGAGGUUGGAGUUCGUUGUCAGAAACUUUUUCAAGAUUUCUUAGAAGAUUUCAAAGAAGACAAUGAAUUAAAAUAUGAGAAACAGGCUAGAGAGCUACUUAAACCCGAAUUAAGUACAUUAGAAGUAAGUUUUGACGAUGUCGAGAAAUACAACCAAAAUCUGGCCACAACAAUCAUUGAAGAAUAUUACAGAAUAUAUCCGUUUUUGAAUCAAGCUAUAUUGAAUUAUGUGUUAAGUUUAGCUGAAAGUGGCAUGAAAAAAGAAUUACAAGGUAAAGAAUGUUAUGUGUCCUUUGUUGAUGUGCCAACGAGGCAUAAAGUGAGGGAAUUGACGACGGCUAAGAUUGGAACACUCAUCAGAAUAUCGGGACAGAUUGUAAGGACGCACCCUGUACAUCCAGAGCUUGUAUUGGGUACUUUUGUGUGUUUGGACUGUCAGACUGUUAUUAAAAAUGUGGAACAACAGUUUAAGUACACAAUUCCAACAAUUUGCCGUAACCCAGUGUGUGCAAACCGUCGCCGUUUCAUGCUGGAUGCAGAUAAGUCAGUAUUUGUGGAUUUCCAAAAGAUUAGAGUACAAGAGACACAGGCUGAAUUACCUAGGGGAUGUAUACCUCGCUCAUUGGAAAUUAUACUUAGAGCAGAGGCUGUGGAAUCUGUACAGGCUGGUGACCGUUACGAUUUCACGGGCACACUCAUAGUUGUGCCUGAUGUAGGAUCUCUAUCAAUGCCGGGCGCUAAAGCCGAACUCACGACAAGAACUAAACUGGCCAAUGAAGGACAGAUGGAAGGAAUUAAGGGCUUGAAGGCUUUGGGUGUGAGAGAGUUGCAUUAUAAGACAGCAUUCCUAGCAUGUAGCGUACAAGCCACAUCUCGACGUUUCGGCACGGGAGAUUUGGCCACUGACGAUCUUACAACUGAAGAUAUGAGAAAACAGAUGACAGAUAAGGAGUGGGAUAAGGUAUAUGAAAUGUCCAGAGACCGUAAUCUCUAUAAUAACCUGAUCACAAGCUUAUUUCCGAGCAUACAUGGCAACAGUGAGGUUAAAAGAGGAGUACUGCUUAUGCUGUUUGGUGGUGUUGCCAAAACCACUAUUGAAGGUACAACCCUCCGUGGAGACAUCAAUGUAUGUAUAGUGGGCGACCCAAGUACAGCAAAAUCACAAUUAUUGAAGCAAGUGAGCGAGAUCUCACCGAGAGCGGUAUACACUAGUGGGAAAGCCUCAUCUGCUGCUGGUCUCACUGCGGCUGUUGUAAAGGACGAGGAAUCAUUCGACUUCGUCAUAGAAGCAGGUGCUCUAAUGUUAGCGGACAAUGGAGUGUGUUGUAUCGAUGAGUUCGACAAGAUGGACCCAACUGACCAGGUUGCUAUACACGAGGCUAUGGAACAACAGACUAUCUCUUUGGCCAAGGCAGGAGUCCGAGCCACACUAAACGCCAGAACAUCAAUAUUAGCCGCAGCCAAUCCCAUCGGAGGUAGAUACGAUAGAGCCAAAUCCCUCCAACAAAAUGUAGCGCUCAGUGCUCCUAUCAUGUCAAGAUUUGAUCUAUUCUUCAUAUUAAUUGAUGAGAGCAGCGAAAUGGUGGACUAUGCGAUUGCAAGAAGGAUUGUGGAUCUACAUUGUAAUAAAGAGGAAACAUAUGAUUGUGUGUAUACGAGGGAGGAUUUAUUGCGGUAUAUUGCGUUCGCGAGGAGUUUCAAGCCGCUUAUUACGGAGGAAGCGGGCAAGAUCCUGGUGGAGUACUACACAGUGCUCCGUUCCCGGGACGGUACGGGUGGUGGUGGGUCGUGGCGCAUCACGGUGCGGCAGCUGGAGUCCAUGGUGCGGCUCGCGGAGGCCAUGGCCAAGAUGCACUGCAGCGGACAUGUCACCCCGCAACAUGUGCACGAGGCUUACAGGUUACUCAACAAAUCAAUAAUCCGUGUGGAACAACCAGACAUUCAUUUAGAAGAAGAAGAUCCGCAGUACGAGCCUAGUAUGGACGUCGAUCAAGACACACCUAACGGCAAUGCGAGUGAACAAACAAGCACAGAUACUGGGUCAAAGAAAAAACUUACAUUAUCAUUUGAAGAGUACAAAUCGCUCAGUAACAUGCUGGUCGUGUACAUGAGGAAGGAAGAGGGAGAGGCUGAGACUAGAGGCGAAGAAAGCGCAGGCAUGCACAAGAGUGCUCUAGUGAGUUGGUAUUUAGAACAAUUGGUUGCUCAAGGACAGAUCGAAACUGAAGACGAUCUUUUGGAACGGAAGACCUUGGUCGAGAAGGUCAUUGAUAGGCUUAUGUACCAUGACCAAGUAAUAAUCCCGCUCUCCACAACGGGUCUAAAAGCAACUCAGAAGUCAGAACAAGAAGUAGAAGACGACCCCUUACUCGUAGUUCAUCCCAAUUAUGUUGUCGACGCGUAACAUUCCGCCUUGUGUUUAAUAAAUGUUUUAGUUUUUUU